GGUCCGGGAGGACUUCCGUCCAGUCAGCCAAUCAGAAAGAAGUAACCCGGAAGUGAUGUUCGCUGAAGUUUCUAGCAUGUUAGCUCGUUUUGAUACCUGAAGAUCCAGUCCUGGAGAUCUGACAGAGUCCCUCUCUGUGGUCUAACAUUUUAUAUCAGAUAUUUAUAUUUUACAGGUUUUAAUAUUCACGUCAUCACGUGACGUUUGAGCUCACAACGUAACAAGAGGUUAGCUUGUUAGCUUAGACGAAACUCAGCACACGAGGCUCAGCAGGAGGAAAACCAUCUUUGAUAAAAUGUCUAAAGUCCAAGAACUGAGAGGGUUAGUGAACCAGAGACUGACUGCAGCUGCUGAAGAGAUCUUUGAGCUGUUUGAAAGAACCAUAGCAGAGUACGAGGAGCAACUUAGAGGAUCAGCAGAGGAGAACCAGAGACUACAGAAACUACUGGACGCUGUUUACAACCCGGAAGUCCUCUUACACAGAGCAGACGUCCAGCAGCUGUUGGAGAUUAAAGAAGAGGUUCCCCCUGAGCAGCAGGAGAGGAGCUCCAGUCUGGACCAGGAGGACCCACCAGAACCAGCACACAUUAAAGAGGAAGAGGAGGAACUGUGGAGCAGUCAGGAGGGAGAGCAGCUUCAAGGACUGGAGGAGGAGGACAUCAUCAAGUUCACUUUCACUCCCGUCCCUGUGAAGAGUGAGGACGAGGAGAAUCAGUCCUCACAGUCUCAUCAAACACAGACUGAUGGUUUGAAAACAGAAGCGGACUUUAAUCUGGAGCCGCUGACUCAUGAGGAGACUUCUCACUGCGAGUCUGAGACGGAUGAGAGCAGCUGUGACUGGGAGGAGACCAGUGAACCUCAGUCGGAUGAGUAUCAUCUUAAUAAAGAAGUGUCCGUCAGCGAUGUGGGCCGUCUCACUGGAAACACGUCUCUGAGCUCUGAGUGCGCCUCGAGCUCCGGACUGAACGAACUCCAGAAACAGAAAGGAGUCCCGACAGGAGGGAAACCGUUCAGCUGCUCGUUCUGCGGUAAAAGAUACCCUCAGAAGAUCUCCCUAACCAAGCACAUGAAGCGCCACUCUGAAGGAACGUGCUACAGCUGCUCGGUGUGUCAGAAGAGCUUCCCGUGGAGGGGCGAGCUGGUGCGGCACAUGAGAAUCCACACGGGAGAAAAACCCUUCAGCUGCUCCUCCUGCGGCAUCAGGUUCUCACAGCGGAUACACCUGACCUCUCAUUUAAGAGUCCACACGGGAGAGAAACCUUUCACCUGCUCCGUCUGUCAGACCAGCUUCAGCAUCAGGAAGAACCUGGGCAUCCACAUGAGGAUCCACACGGGGCAGAAACCGUUCAGCUGCUCGGUUUGCGGGAAGAGGUUCACGCGGCGGGGAGGUCUGACGCGGCACUCCGUCGUGCACACGGGGGAGAAACCGUUCAGCUGCUCGUUCUGCGAGGAGAGUUUUGCACACCUGGUGACUCUGAAGCGUCACCUGACCGUCCACACGGGGGAGAAACCGUUCAGCUGUAAUGUGUGUGACAAAAGGUUCGCUCGGCUUCAGUACCUCAAGAAACACAAGUGUGUGGUCGAGAGCAGCGCCAGUAAAUACUGUUUAUUAAACAUGGCUAAAGUCCGAAAACUGAGAGAGUUUGUGAACCAGAGACUGACUGCAGCUGCUGAGGAGAUCUUUGAGCUGUUUGAGAGAACCAUAGCAGAGUACGAGGAGCAACUUAGUCUAUCCAAAGAGGGUCAACACAAAGUCCUGGACUCUGUUUACAGCUCGGAAGACCGGCUACAGAGAGCAGACGUCCAGCAGCCGUCUGCAAGUAAAAAAAAGGUUCCCCCUGAGCAGCAGGAGAGGGGCACUGGUCCGGACCAGGAGGACCCACCAGAACCACAACACAUUAAAGAGGAAUGGGAGGACCUCUGGAGUCACGAGGAGGAGGAGGAGCCGCUUGAAGGCCCGGAGGAGGAGGACAUCAUCAAGUUCACCUUCAGCCCGAUCCACGUGAAGAGCGAAGAAGAGGACGAAGAGGAACCUCAGUCCUCACAGUUCCAUCAGAGACGGGGGGACACCGGAGCUGAGGGAGAGGACUUUAUGAGGUCCGGGGGACAUUUUAACCCAGACCACUACGGAGAACCACUGACCUACGACAAGAACUUACAGUCCUUUGGAUCCGGGACUGAUGACAGUAACGAGGACUGGGAGGAGACCGAGGAAGAUCCGUUGGGUCAAAACAGCGAGAUGCCGAUUAGCGAAACAGAGUAUAAGCUUGAAGACGAAUCCGCCAGCUCUCCUGAAUGUGCUACAAGCUUCGACCAAAAGGAUCAACGGCAGAACCACAAAGGAGUCCAGACUGACGUGAAACCGUUCAACUGCUCGAUCUGCGGUAAGAGGUUCCUCCGGAAGGCCUCGUUGACCAAUCACAUGAGACUUCACUCCGAGGGGAAACGCUUCAACUGCCCCGUCUGUAAGAAGAGUUUCCAGUGGAGGGGGGACGUCGUCGCACACAUGAGGAUCCACACGGGGGAGAAACCCUACAGCUGCUCCGUGUGCGGGAUCAAGUUCGCUCAGAGCUCCACGUUGUCCUCGCACUUGAGAAUCCACACGGGAGAGAAACCGUUCAGCUGCUUGUUCUGCAAAGCCAGCUACCGGUUCAGGAGGAGUCUGAUCAUCCACAUGAGGAGCCACACGGGGGAGAAACCGUACUGCUGCACCGUGUGCGGGAAAGCGUUCGGCGAGCGAGGGCACAUGAGGCGGCACAUGGCGGUCCACACGGGGGAGAAACCGUUCAGCUGUAACGUCUGCGGGAAAACCUUCACGCUGCACGGCAACCUGAGGCGCCACCUCGCCGUCCACACCGGGGAGAAACCGUUCGGCUGCUCGGUCUGCGGGCAAAGCUUCGCGCAACAAGUGACUCUGAGCCGACACAUGACGAUCCACACCGGGGAGAAACCUUUCAGCUGUAACAUCUGUGACAAAAGCUUCUCUCGACUCGAUUACGUGAAGAGUCACAAGUGUGUCGGCGAGAGCAGCAAAGUGUCUGAAGUGGACGUGAGCGUCUCUCCGCCUGAGUUAGAGUGAGGAGAAGAAGACGUGAUGAAACAAAGACCCCCUGAAGAACAAGAGGACUCCUUCCUCUCGUGAUAGUUCUGCUUUUUCACGCUCCGUUCAUAAACUUUGAAGAGGGUUUUAUUUCAAGUGUUCUCCUGUAAAGGCUCUCAGCAUGCCGAUGUUUGAAGUAUGUUGAGAGAGAUGUUUGUUACUUCACUCAGUUCUCACGUUCACAUCUUCGUCCAGUGACUGUAAAGACUGUAAAGACUGUAAAGACUGUAAAGACGUUUUCCUCACGCCUGCUCAGUGAGAUAGAGGCUCAGAGGAAACAAAAACAUUCAACCCUGUCCGAUAAAUCAUUUCCUUUAUCGCCUUUGUUUUGUAUAAUUUGCACUAGGGAUGGGCAUUUCAAGCCAAAUACUAUUCGAUAAUCAUCGGCAUCUAUUCAGCGAUUAUUCGAAUAAUCAAAACCCCCCCACCGCCGUGUCUGUCUCCAUCUUUACGUCUGUGUUUCUGUGACUCAGCAGGGUGUGUGUUUACACUUCACAGCCAUGCUCAGUCUCUGGAGAUCAGUGUGUAGUAGUGUUAGAUUCAGAAAAUCGCAGCAACUGUCACGAAUGUGUUCUUCUUCUUUUGCCAUUUACCGUCAUCAACAUUCUUCUUCUCCUGUAACUUAAUGCGGUUUACAUGCUGCUUUAAAGGCCGGUUCAUACUUCUA